GGACCAUGGAUACGUGAAUACAGUCGCUUCCACAAAGAUUCCUUGAAAAACCUGCCAGGCAUCAACUCUACGCGCUUAUUGGGAUACUGGUGUGACGGUACGGGAAGUGCAUGUGGGGGAUUUGGCAACCGCAUGUACGGCAUUAUAUCGGUGUUUUACCUCGCUAUCUUAACCAACAGGGUAUUUUUCAUUCACUGGGGUGGUCCUGGAAGACUUGAUGAUUUUCUAUUACCAAAUGAGAUCGAUUGGACUAUCAAACCAAAUACAAAAACAUAUAAUCGCAAGAGACGCUGGGGUGAUCCUGUCGGACCUGUUGCUGGAUUUGACUCAUCAAUGUCAAGAGCUGACGAAGAGUCACACUUUUACAAUUGGAUCGCCAAAGACGCUGAUAUUGAUGCUUUAUUUAAUAAUCAAGUGGAGUCAAUGGAGUCCAUCUGGUACUUUGCAGAACAGCUGGAAAGGAAUCCUCGCCUCAAGGAACGUUGGGGCACUCUCGGGCUUCCUGCGUCUACUGAUCCGUACACGCUGCUAGGUUGUGCUGUGGAGAUCCUGUUUAGAAAAUCCCCGUACAUGGAACAGCAAUUGAGUGAGGCAAAGUCUGCUUUAAAGUUUUCUAAUCAAAAACCUGUUAUUAUAGGAAUUCACAUUCGAACAAAUGAUCACCACUGGGGAGAUCAACAUCCUGCUAAUGAAAGAACUCGUAAUUUGGAAACCGUUCGAAACUGUUCCAUAAAUGUCGAAAAUGUUCUUAAAGUAAAGUUUCACCUAGAGAAGCCAAUAGUGUGGUUUCUAGCAUCAGAUCGCGCUGARAUWAAAUCCGAUUGGAAAAAAAGACAUCCAAACAAAGUAAUAACCCAGGGUUUUAUACCUAAGCACUCUGAAAAACAWGCGAGUAAAGUGACACUGACCAACACUCUUACCGAUAUCUUCCUUUUGAGUGAGAGUGACUUCAUGAUAGGGACCCGUGACAGUACAUACAGUAAUGUGGCUAUUGGUGUAGGRAGGUUCCCAGUAGAUAGCUGGGUGUAUGGCGAGUAUUGCAAUGAC